AUGACGCGCUACUCUUCAGCGACAGUCAACGAGCUCCGUGCCUCUUCAUGGAGCCGCACCAGAGUCGCUCUCAGUCGCCCUUCUCGCCCCUUCCUCGCCUCUUCGUAUUCCAUCACAGCAGCGCAACGGCCAAGCGCUCUGCAACACUUUCCCGCCACAAAGAGAAGCCCACUGUCUCUCACUCAAACCGGCCGACUGGCAUCGCGUGGCAUCCUCAACGCCGCCAAAGAUGGCGCCGUUAGGUCAUUGUCUACCUCGCGAUCACUACGGGACGUCCAAGCGAAUCUACUCAACGGCAAGACUGUAUACGCUCCGACCACUACCUCUUCUAGCCCUGAGAGUAUCGCUUUGAAAGCCCAUUUUGACACCCCUACCCCGAUAUCGCUCUCGAAGGAUACGUCGACAUCGACUCUCUUCAACCUGCCCCCUCUCUCAUCACCUCGCUCCCUUCGGCCGUUGACUGAGCGCACAAUGAUCCAUUCUGCCGCACUGGUAGACCGGAUAUGCUCUGCUCCCAAUGACCCGUCGGGUAGGGAGCUGAGGCUGGUGGUCAAGAACCUUGACCGUUUGAGUGACGUUCUCUGUGGAGUUAUAGACAUGUGUGAGCUCGUGAGAAAUGUACACCCCGACGAGCAGUGGGUACAAGAAACGGAGAAAACAUAUGAAGUUCUGUGCAGCUUUAUGAAUGAGCUCAACACAAAUGUUGAUUUAUACAAAACUCUCUUCCAAACCGUCUCCCAUCCAUUCCCCAACGACCCCCUCACCCCCGCCGAGCUCAAAGUCGCCCAUACCUUUCUAUUUGACUUUGAGCGGUCCGGCAUUCAACUCCCACCCGACGUUCGCGCCCGCUUCGUCCAUCACUCUGACAACAUUCUCUCCCUCGGCAGAUCCUUCCUCACUUCUGCCUCAUCCGGACCAUCACCCGAACCUCUUAUAGAGAUCCCCGAGCCCGAAAGGUUGCUUCAAGGAUUACCAGACAGGUUCACCAGCUCUUUACCGCGGAAAAAGCGGGGCGGGCCUGUCUUGCUCGAACCAGGAUCGUGGGAAGCACAAAUGGUCAGCCGAUACGCAGACAACGAAGAAGCUCGGCGUCUAGCCUACAUUGGCUCCAUGCGCGCAGAACCCGAUAGGGUACAAGUGCUGGAAACGAUGCUUUGCGAGAGAGCAGAGCUUGCGCACUUGUUGGGCAAAGAAUCAUGGGGCGACGUGACUCUGACAGACAAGAUGGCCAAGACGCCGCAGAAUGUGCUGGGGUUCUUGACAUCGUUGGCUGUACACCAUAAACCGUCGGCGGCGAUGGAUGUUGCGGCGCUACAGAGGUUGAAAGCGAUGGAGACGGCGGACGGGCCGAUAGUGACGCUGCCGCCUUUGUAUGCUUGGGACAGGGACCAUUUCGGGGAAAAGUACACUGCGUCCCUCAUGCCUGACAGCGGUCUGCCCCCCAUCACCCCCUACUUUUCAACAGGAACAGCCAUGUCUGGUCUCUCGCAAAUCCUAUCCAAGCUCUACGGGAUCACAUUCAAACCUGUACCCGUCGCCCACGGGGAGGUAUGGCACCCAUCAGUGAGGAGGUUGGAUGUCGUGGACGAAGGUGGCAGGACCGUUGGUGUAAUUUACUGUGAUCUCUUUUCGCGGCCUGGAAAACCUUCGUCUGGCGCAGCUCAUUAUACUGUGCGUUGCUCGAGAAGAGUCGACGACGACGACUAUACUGGGGAUGGAUUGGCACCUGGCUGGGACGCGAGUCUAGGGAAGGGCAUGGAGGUCAAUGGAGACAAGCUGGAGGGUAGAGAGGGGAGAUAUCAGCUGCCGAUUGUGGCUCUUGUGGCAGAUCUUGGACAGGUGGCUGAAGGGAACCCAGCUUUGCUAGGCUGGACCGACCUGGAAACUCUGUUUCACGAGAUGGGCCAUGCCAUCCACUCGAUGCUCGGCCAAACCGAGUUCCACAACGUCUCUGGCACUCGCUGCGCCACUGAUUUCGUCGAGCUCCCCUCCAUCCUAAUGGAACAUUUCGUCUCCUCCCCCGCCGUCCUCUCCACCUUUGCCACCCACCACAUCACCUCCGAACCCCUCCCCAUCCCCCUCAUCCAAGCCCACCUCCAACUCUCUCAAUCGCUCAAAGCUUUGGAAACGCACUCUCAAAUCUUGAUGGCGCUUCUGGACCAAAAGUACCACAGUGUGCAGUACGGUCAAGGGGUGAACAGUACCAAGAUCUGGGAAGGGCUGCAAACUGAUGUGGGCGUGCUCCCGCCCGUAACCGGUACAGCGUGGCAAACGCAGUUCGGUCAUUUGUACGGGUACGGCGCGACAUACUAUUCAUACCUCUUUGACCGGGCGAUUGCCAGUAAAGUGUGGACUACGCUGUUUGAUCGUCCGGGAAGAAGCGGGUCGGCGGAAGAUGCGGGUGGGAUACUGUGUAGGGAAGGCGGGGAUGCUUUCAAGGACAAGGUGCUCAGGUGGGGUGGAGGAAAGGAUCCGUGGGAGAUGGUUGGGGAUGUGAUUGGUGGGAAAGAGGGAGAGACGAUUGCGAGAGGGGAUGAGAAGGCGAUGGAUCUUGUUGGCAGCUGGGUCGUCAAAUAG